UUGUGCGGGAGGACAAAAGCAAAGAUUUUGGAUGAAAUUUGACAUCAAUGGAAGAGGGCGAUGAUCAGAAUCCAAACAAGAACAGUUCUUCAUCAUCCUUCGUCAUCAAGAUACCCUCAUUCGAGGAAGUUAUACAGGGAUCCCAAUCCAAAACCCCUAUCCAAUCACUUUUCAACCCUUCUCAGUCCUUCUCUCAAGCCUUCAACUCCAUUAAGAACACCGAAUUCUACGCUCCACCACCUCCUCCUUCAUCAACUCCAAGGGGAGUUCAGCCAUCUGUGGCUGAUGCUACUCCGUCGUCGUUGCCGUUUGCAGCUGUAAAUCAUACCGGAGCAUCUCCGUCUUCUGCACAGAAUCGUAAUGCAAUACUUGUUAGUCAUAGACAGAAGGGAAAUCCUUUGCUAAAACAUAUAAGAAAUGUGAGAUGGGCUUUCUCAGAUAUUGUCUGUGAUUACAUGUUGGGGCAACAUUCAUGUGCUCUCUAUCUCAGUCUCAGGUAUCACCUGCUUCACCCAGACUAUCUAUAUUACCGAAUAAGGGAAUUGGGAAAAAACUUCAAGCUUCGUGUUGUCUUAUGCCAUGUUGAUGUUGAAGAUGUUGUCAAGCCAUUGUUGGAAGUCACAAGAACGGCUCUGCUUCAUGACUGUACUCUUUUGUGCGGUUGGAGCUUGGAAGAAUGUGGUCGGUAUCUGGAGACGAUAAAAGUUUAUGAAAACAAGCCUGCAGAUAUUAUUCAAGGCCAAAUGGAUACAGACUAUUUAUCACGGUUAUCGCACACUCUAACAACAGUUCGGCAUGUCAACAAGACAGAUGUGGUUACUCUUGGUUCUACGUUUGGGUCUCUCUCUCAUAUUAUGGAUGCUUCCAUGGAGGAUCUAGCUCGUUGCCCUGGCAUUGGUGAACGUAAAGUAAAGCGUUUGUAUGACACUUUUCAUGAACCGUUCAAACGCUCAAUUCCCAAGCACCCUUCAGCAGUCCAAUCUUCCGCCCAACCUUUCACUCCAAGCAAAGCUAAAGAAGACGAGAAAGACUCCGUGCAUUCAAAUAAGCGUGAUAAAAAAGAACCAAAUGUAACCGUUAAAUCAGCCCUUUCAGCGGCUUUUGCAAAAUACAAGGAGAAAGUUGGUCUGGAAACUAGUCAUCAAGAAGAACAAGAAAACCAGAAACAGCAAUGAAAGACCUGUCAGCUCUACUCAUUCAAACAGUUCUUUAAAGACCAUCUUCAAGCUGCUCCUCAGGUACAAUCUGAAUUUGGUGUUUGAAUGUGUGUAUUUAAACCGACGUUUGCAAUUUCAAGAAUUAGAUGAAAGAUAGAGAUAGAGAUAGGGAAAACAGUCCCUGAAAGUCAUGGUGAAUCUGUAAUGCGUUUAGGAGCUCGUACCGUGUAUAUAUAUACAUGUACUUUACGGUUUAUUUAUGGUGGUCAAUGAGAUGAAUUUCCCUUUGGCUUCUAA